AUGGGGGAUGGUGUCAUGCUCGGAUUGCUCAGAGGAUGCGUCUGCGACACGGACGAUGGCCAGCCGCAGUUCCACAAGCCUAUUGUGCAACUCGGAGACUACGAGGAUGCACUGGAGAUUCGGGUCCCCAGACCGAAGCACCUGGUUCCUCGCAUGCAGACGUACUCUUCAUCGCCGGACCAGCCGCUCCUCGGUGUUCCCAUUCGCGAGGGUACACUGUGGCACCUGUCAGCACAGGACUGUGCCCAUAUCAAAGUUGAAUGCGACGGAUAA